AUGUUUUCCACAAGAUUUUUCUCUGACUUCUGUUCAAAUCCUUUCGGAGACUACUGCUAUGAAUUGGAUGAUGUUUCCUUUUACAACGAAUCUGGAGCGAGAUCAUCCUGCCAGUUAUCGUGUGGAGAUCUGGUAUCAAUUCACUCGGAAGAAGAAAAUCUUCACGUUUUGUCUCUUACCAAUUCUUCAUCUUCUUCACGAGUGAGAAUUGGAGCUCGAACAGAUGGAACUGUAAAGUAUUGGGUGGAUGAAACUGCGUUUGAUUUCUCCAAUUUCGAAUAUUUUAAUGCAGACAUCGGAAAAUGUUCGACUAUGCAAAUAUCAGCCGCCACCAUUAGUUCAGGUCAAUGGUCGAGUGCCAGUUGUGAGGAUACACUUCCAUAUAUCUGUAAAACGAAACAAGGUGUCUACAGUUGUCCAUCCUCAGUUCCCAGAACAUGA